UUCAGGGGGAAGUUAGGAGCAGCAGCAGCAAUAAAAGCAGCAGUUUCCGCCUUGUAUUCCAGAGCAACAUCAGUGGGCAAUCUAUAUCAUGACACUCCACUGCAUGCAUCUUUUUCUCUUGCUUCUGCUGGGUUCUUGGUGGCCAGAUUCAGAGAAGCAUGUGGUGGGAGCUGCGAAGAUCAGGGAGCACUAUAUCGCUGCUCAGAUCACUAGCUGGACCUACAAACCAGCAUCUGAGGAAAAGUCCAGAUUGGUACAUCCAGAUCCUGUGUUUAAGAAAAUUGCUUACAGGGAAUACGAAGUGGAUUUUAAAAAAGAAAAGCCAGCAAAUAAAUUUGCAGGACUUCUGGGACCAACUCUGCGUGCUGAAGUGGGAGAUACUUUAGUAGUGCACUUUAAGAACAUGGCUGACAAGCCAGUCAGCAUUCAUCCCCAAGGCAUAACUUACAACAAAAAGGCUGAAGGUUCCCUAUAUGAUGACAGAACAUCAUCUGUAGAAAAACAAGAUGAUGCUGUGCUUCCAGGCCAGGUCUACAUGUAUGUGUGGGAUAUUACUGAAGAAGUUGGGCCAGGAGAAGCUGACCUUCCAUGUCUUACUUAUGCCUAUUAUUCUCAUGAGAACAUGGCAAUGGAUUUUAACUCUGGUCUGAUUGGAGCACUGCUUAUCUGUAAAAAAGGAAGCCUGAAGGAGGACGGAUCACAGAAACUUUUCAACAAAGAAUAUGUGCUGAUGUUUGGUGUGUUUGAUGAAAACAAAAGUUGGCAAAAGUCAUCAUCACUGAAGUACACAAUUAAUGGCUAUGCUGAUGGGACAUUACCAGACUUAGAGGCUUGCACCUAUGACAACAUCAGUUGGCAUUUGAUAGGAAUGAGUUCCAAGCCAGAAAUUUUCUCCAUUCAUAUCAAUGGUCAGACCAUGGAGCAAAGGCAUCACCGAGUUUCUGCUGUUAACCUAGUGGGAGGAGCAUCAACCACAGUAAACAUGACAGUGAGUGAAGAAGGAAGGUGGCUGAUAUCUUCUCUUGUCCAGAAACAUAUGCAAGCUGGACUGCACGGUUACCUCAGUAUAAGAGGCUGUGAGGACAAAGAGGUGAAGAAGAAGAGUCUGUCCCUUAGAGAACGCCUUAUGGUCAAGAAUUGGGAGUAUUUCAUUGCUGCAGAAGAAGUUACUUGGGAUUAUGCCCCAAGUAUUCCAGACAGCCUUGAUAGGCACUAUAAAACACAGCACUUGGACAACUUCUCAAAUCUCAUAGGUAAAAAGUAUAAAAAGGCUAUUUUCAGGCAGUAUACAGAUGCAAGCUUCACCAAGCGUCUGGAAAAUCCUCGACCCAAGGAAACAGGAAUUUUGGGCCCUAUUAUCAGAGCUCAGCUCAAUGACAAAGUCAAAAUUGUAUUCAAAAAUAAGGCCAGUCGACCCUACAGCAUUUACUUCCAUGGAGUGACACUUUCAAAGAAUGCAGAAGGAGCUAGUUAUCCCCUGGGUACCACAAGCAACAGCACCCAGAGUACAGGAAUUCAGCCAGGGAAGACCCACACGUAUGAAUGGAAAAUUGCUAAAACAGAUCAACCCACUGCACAGGAUGCACAGUGUAUUACAAGGCUAUACCAUAGUGCUGUAGAUAUUGAGAGAGAUAUAGCCUCUGGACUGAUUGGCCCACUUCUGAUUUGUAAAAGUGAAUCACUGAACCAGAAGGGUGUGCAGAAAAAAGCAGAUGGGGAGCAGCAGGCAAUGUUUGCUGUGUUUGAUGAAAAUAAGAGCUGGUACAUAGAGGAUAACAUCAAGGACUACUGCAGCAACCCUGCCAGUGUUAAAAGGGAUGACCCCAAGUUCUAUAACUCGAACAUAAUGCACACAAUAAAUGGCUAUGUGUCUGACAGCAGUGAAAUCCUUGGAUUUUGCCAAGAUAAUGUGGUUCAGUGGCACUUCUCCAGUGUUGGCACUCAUGAUGAGAUUGUCUCUGUUCGCCUUUCUGGGCAUUCUUUUCUGUAUCAAGGGAAAUAUGAGGAUGUGUUGAACCUUUUCCCAAUGAGUGGAGAAUCAGUCACAGUGGAAAUGGACAAUGUUGGUACUUGGCUUUUAGCAUCCUGGGGUACCCCAGAGAUGAGUUACGGCAUGAGGCUGAGAUUCAGAGAUGCUAAAUGUGACAAUGAGGAAGAUUACUCAUAUGACGUUAUGGAUUUUGCUUCCACCAAGACCGUUAAAAAUGCUCUUUCCACCUCAGUUGAAGAUGAGGGAGGAGAAGAAGGUGAGAAAGAGGACUUGGAUUAUCAGGACUACCUGGCCGCUGCUUACUCCAUCCGAAGCUCAAGGAAGUCAGAAGGCAAUGAAGAAACACAAAACCUUACAGCACUGGCCUGGGAACAGUACUCUGGCACUGACGCUGCGAGUUCUGAGAUGGCCGUUGGCUCAGGUCUAACAUCUAUAAAUAGCAGUGAAUCUGCAAACUCCUACAUGUUCUUAGAAAGUCGUAUCACUCCUCUUCCCCUAACUGCGGCUGAAACAUUCCAGUCAAAUCACACAUCAGUCACAGCAGAAGGGGAUGUGUUUUUGACUCGCUCAAGUGAUGGAAAGCCUGACUUGGUAUUUGAGAAUAGAAGCCAAAGCAAUUAUGGAAUAGAUCAUAGUAAUAUGUCUGCAGGUGAACACUUGCUGAGCAAUGGGGAAGCCCAAAUGAAAAUUGCCGAAGAGCUUCUCACUGAUGGAAAGGACAGUCAAUUUUUUUCAGAAGAACAUCAGGAGGAAAGCACAGGAGGAGGAAAUGAUAACAUUGAUCAUAAAAGGAACAGGCGAAACUCACUGGCCACUAAAUUUUACUCCAUCCAAAAGAUGAACGCCCUUCUAAGUCAUGUACGAAAUAAAAAUGUCUCAUUCUCUGACAGGACAAAUGCACCUCAUUCCAUGCAUCAUCUGGAGAACACAACCAAUAUAGCCAUGGUGGGAACUGGCCAGCUUCCGAGUGAUUAUGAUGAUGAACUGGAAGAGGAGGAAACUAAGAUGGGAAAUGCCAUGCAUGCAAUUAACUUCACACUUGCUUUGGAACUCACUGUAGAAAGAAACGGGUCUAACACACACAGCCUCUCUGGACUCAACCUAUCCAAAGAUAAACAGGCAGACACUUCUUUAGAUGAUCCAUUAGGUGAUAUAAGCCCUAAUUCCAGCCCUGCAAUAGUGAAGAACUUAUUUGAAGCAUCAUUGCCCAGGACUGUCAAGUAUUCAUCUAAGAUGACAAACGAGGAAUGGAAUUUGGUCUCUGCAAAGGAGAGUCUGGGAUUAGAGGCAAAUUUAGAUAAGUCUGUUAGUGGUAAAUUAAAUCAUGGUAGCAGAAAUGGUACAGUAUUCCUAAGCGAGAAGCAUAUGAAGAAGUACUCGCAUCUAAUGGAAGGGAAACAGAGAGGGAGCCACAUGCACCCAACUCGGAAAGGAAAGGAGAGGAACAAGAAUGAUACUUUGAGUACAUUUGGAACCUUCAUCAAGACUCGAAGGAAGAAAAAAGAAUAUCCGAAGAAUGCUCACUUGCUGAGCCCAAGGAGUAAAAAGCCGCUCAGACUCACCAAGCCUACUGUGAAGUUCAACUGCACGUUGUUCCCAAGUGAGACCAACCACACAACACCACCAUGUUACUUUAACACAACGGGGACACCCAAUGCUGCCAGCCAUACAGUGCAUCUGAGCAGAGCCAACCACGAAGGGUUGGCAAACUACACGCUGACCCCACGACAGUUUAAACCAUCCAUCAUGAUUGGACUUCCCCAUGAAAAUGGGGACUAUGAAUAUUUUACAGGAGACUUUUACAGUGAGGAAACAUCAGGUGAUGAAUAUGAAUACCAUUAUGUGACCUUUGAAGACCCAUACAUGACAGACCCAAAAGUGAAUAUCAAAGAACAACGUAAUCCAGAUACUAUUGCUGGACAUUACCUGCGUAGCAAAGGGAAUGAGAGGAGAUACUACAUUGCAGCUGAAGAGGUUUUGUGGGACUAUGCAGGAUUUCAAAAAAGCACAAUGAAUGACAAAACCCGUCAAGAUGGAGGCAGCAUCAAAUAUAAGAAAGUGAUUUUUCGAAGCUAUACGGACAGCACCUUUACAACUCCUCUGGAAGAAAAUGAGUAUGAAGAACACCUUGGCAUCCUGGGGCCAGUUAUCCGGGCUGAAGUGGAUGAUGUCAUACUAGUUCAUUUUAAGAAUCUGGCGUCCAGACCAUAUUCCCUCCAUGCUCAUGGACUCUUCUAUGAAAAGUCCUCUGAGGGAAGCAUUUACGAUGAUGAGUCUAGUGCUUGGUUUAAGGAAGAUGAUGCCAUUCAGCCUAAUAACAGCUAUAUAUAUGUAUGGUAUGCAAACAGGCGAGCUGGACCUGUGCAGUCAGGAGCAACUUGUCGGUCCUGGGUCUACUACUCUGAUUUAAAUAUGGAGAAAGAUAUUCACUCUGGUUUGAUUGGGCCAAUACUGAUCUGUCAGAAAGGAACCUUCAAUAUGUCGAACAACAGCAAAACACCGACUCGAGAAUUUUUCUUACUUUUUAUGGUCUUUGAUGAAGAGAAAAGCUGGUAUUUUGACAAACGUUCUAGAAGACCUUGUACUGAGAAGACCCAAGAAAUGCAAAAAUGCCACAAAUUCUAUGCCAUUAACGGGGUGACCCACAAUUUGCAAGGCUUGAGAAUGUAUGAAGGUGAACUGGUCCGUUGGCAUUUGUUGAAUAUGGGAGGGCCAAAAGACAUUCAUGUUGUUCAUUUUCAUGGACAGACUUUCAUAGAACAAGGAGAGCCAAAGCAUCAGCUUGGUACAUACACCCUCCUUCCAGGCUCAUUUCGAACAAUUGAAAUGAAGCCACAGAGACCCGGCUGGUGGCUUUUAGACACCGAAACUAAGCUUUCCACCAGAAUACCUAUUGGAGUAACCUUCCUUUUCUUUAAUAACAAAAUUACUGUGCUGUCUCUAGAAUGCAGGAUUCCAAUGGGGCUGGCAGGUGGAGUUGUACUUGAUUCGCAAAUCAACGCUUCACAUCAUAUAGACUUUUGGGAACCCAAAUUAGCCAGAUUAAACAAUUCUGGAACAUAUAAUGCUUGGAGCACUGAAAUGGAAGAUGAUCGACUGCCUUGGAUCCAGGUGGACUUUCAAAGAGAUGUACUAAUAACUGGGAUACAGACACAGGGAGCCAAGCAGCUUUUAAGGUCCUUGUAUGUCCAGAAGUUCUUUAUUGCGUACACCCAAGACAGACGGAAGUGGCUCAGCUUCAGAGGAGACAGCUCUGCUGCACAAAAGGUUUUUGAAGGUAAUUCCAAUGCCUAUGGGAUAAAAGAGAACAUUAUUGAUCCACCUAUCAUUGCUAGGUAUAUCAGAGUCUACCCAACACAGGCCUACAACAGGCCUACGCUUCGCAUGGAGCUCCUGGGCUGUGAAGUAGAUGGCUGCUCUUUGCCACUUGGAAUGGAAAAUGGAGAGAUCAAGAAUACCCAGAUAACAGCCUCUUCCGCUAAGACAACUUGGUUUAAAGUGUGGGAGCCUUUCCUUGCUCGUCUCGGUCUGACAGGAAAGAUUAAUGCCUGGCGAGCCAAGUCAAACAACAACCAACAAUGGCUGCAAAUUGAUCUCCUCACAAUUAAGAAGAUAACUGCUGUUGCUACCCAGGGGGCCAAGUCCAUGUCUUCUGAAAACUUUGUGAAAUCCUAUGUUAUCCUGUACAGCGACCAAGGCUCCGAGUGGAAAUCAUAUACAGAUGGUUCAAGCUCAGUGGCAAAGGUUUUCUUGGGUAAUGAAGACAGCAAUGGGCAUGUCAAGCAUUUCUUUAACCCACCUAUCAUGUCCAGGUUUAUCCGCAUUGUUCCAAGAACAUGGUAUCAUGGUAUUGCCCUUCGGGUAGAACUCUUUGGCUGUGAUUUUCCGGCAGUCUAGCUAUGAAAAGGACUGAUGAGUCCAGGAGUGCUUUACCUUUCUGCAGUCGUCAUGCAGAGCAGCAAUUUUUUUUAACCUUUAAAAAGAUGAUACUUAGUAGUUUGGAUGUAUGCUUCAUCAAAGGACCGUAAUGUUUUGCAAGCAAGAACUGAGCGAGAUUUCUUUGUCAGAUUUUUCAUUUCUAUAAGUAUACACUUAAGAAAAUAACUUCUUUUCUACAGAAAGAAAUAGCAGCAGUCCCUUGUGGUUUGAAUAUCAGUUCUUCUUCCUACCUGUAAGCAGUAGUCUGUCUUGCUUUUUACUUGAUUUUAAGUUCUGAAUCCCUGGGGACAGAGACUCUAGCCUUAAUCUUGAGCCCAGAUUACCUUCGUUUUGUAAUGCUUCUGCAGAGGAAGCAGAGGAGGACUAGAAAGCUACUGGUGAGUGUUCUCCCUACACAGUGCAGAUACGGAGCUCUGGUGCUGCAUUCCAGCAACGCCUCAGUAGGAAAAGAUUGUAAGGGUGGCCUUGCACCUAUGUGUCUUUCAUCUGCACUAGGACGGAGGAAGAACACAUCCCAGGAUUGAGGUAUAUGCAACCCCUUCUUGGAGAAUGUCAGUUUACAUUGUUUGUUUGGUUCUUACAUACCAAGUACACCUGAAAUGCUAUGGAUUUACUCACAAUUGGUCUUCAGUGCCCUAGCAAGAGGAGGAAAUGUCAGCAGUAUCUUUCUUCUGCUGAAAUGAGAAGUGAAGUAAAGUAGCCCUCAUGAUGGUAGGUUGUGGAAUGGCAAACAUAGAGGCAAAAUGAGAAUCCAAAUCUCCUGACUUUCAGUCCCAUACAAAUUUCUAGACCAUGGGGAGGGGAGGGAGAGCUCCCUUGAAAAGGAAGAAAUUGAGAACCUUAGCUGUUCACUGUGAAUACAAUUUAGCAGUGGCAGAGGAGGGUUAGAUGAAACUGGGUAAUAAAAACACCCGCAUCUUAUUUACUAUUUAGCCCUGAUAGUAUUUUCACUAAUGGAGCUACUAUUGUGCAGAAAAUGUAUAUAGAUUUUUCCCAGGAUGACUACAUCUAGUGAAAAUGUAAAUAGUCCCUAAACUCAUUGUUCCAGCAGACUUUUAGCUAAGCUGUCAGUAGUAUCUUUGGCUUCUGUCCUGUAAACUGUUUAAUUGCAAUGCUUCCAUUUAUCACACUAGGCACCCUUCCACAGAAUGAAAUACCUGUUUUAAUAGUUUGUCUUUGAACCUUACACAGUGUUAUCCAAGUUAUUUCAGUAGUUUCAAUUUUUUUUAACUUACAGACUGUGUUACAAAAUGAAGGUAUAGAACAGGAAUGAAAAAAAUAUAAAAACUAAAUGAAUAUUUUUCUUUUUUUACUGUGUCACAAACUGUUGUCAUUUUUCACUGGAAAAUAAAGAUAACAUUCAGCAUGAAAAAGACAGCAUUUUAAUCUGUAUAUUUGCAUUGACAGUAGUACCUCUUUGGCAAAAAACAGUGAAAUUUUGCAUCACAAAAGGAACAUUUUCUGGUUGAUAGGAAAUUUCAAUGCUAAUUAGAAUUCCUUUCAGAUUGUGAAACUGUAUAAAUAAUUGCUUAAUUUUAAAAGAUCAGCUGCUUAAUAUUUUGUAAUAGUGCUUAAUUUAUUUGUGUGUUUGAUACAGCCAUGAAAUUGCAAAAGAUGCCAUAUUAACUAAAAGAAGAAAAAAAUCCAAACUCUGGAACCAGGUUUUACCCUAGAAAACACAUAAUAAAUACGUGUUAACUUCAGCA